AUGGACGGGCCGCCGACCAUGCUGGGCUCGUCGGUGACGCCCACCCAGACCCCGGCUCAGAAGGAGAGGCCCUUCAGUCCACAGUCGUCGAGCACCGUCUCCGGACCCCGACCCAGCCUCGACCUCAACGAUGGCGGCAACCUGCAGCCCCCGCUUGCCACCAACGGCCCUGCCUCCGUGCGCAACAUGUCCACCUCUGCCGUCAGCUUCGGCCCUAGGGGCUCGAGCCUCAACGCCUCGUCCAUGGCCGGCCCGGGGAGCUUCAGCUCCGACCUGAGGAGUCAGAUGGGGCAGUCGCAAGCGGGCUCGAGGAUGGACGUCUACAACAGCCUGGGCACGCUGGACGAGGCGGGCGAUCCCUCGGCCAGGGACAGGCUCCUUGCCGAUCUGCGUGACGACCUCGCCAGGGAGAACAAGAUCAAGGAGGGCAGUGAGAACAUGCUCGAGGCACUCAACAACAAGAAGCCAAAACACGUCAAGGAGCAGAAGGCAAAGGUCGAGGCUGAGCUGAAUGCCUCCUAUGCUCGCAUCCGGAACCUCAAGCUGCGCAUCGAGGACAUCCAGCAGGCCAGGGCGGCCCCCACCACGCCAAUACGGGCUCCCGAGGAGUUCUUCCCCCCCAGCAGAGGGAUUCGGUCGCCCCAGAGCGCAUCAAGGAGUGGUGCUGGCUCAGAGAUCGAAGAGACCAUGGACCCGACUUACCAACUCGGGGAGCUCUUGCAGGCUCUGGAGGCAACUGGUCUGACGCCCGAGUACUACGUAGCCAAGGCGAAUAGUCUUGUUGAAUUAUUCAAACAGCAUCCAGUGCUCAAGUAUGACCUCGUCUGGUCCAUCUUUGGCCUCAGGGUGCAGAUGAUGCUGGUCAGCGACAGCAGGGAGGUUGUGGCGGCUGGCUACAGGAUGACUCGCUACGCCAUGUCGGACAGGGUGUCUCUCAAAAAGAUACGCACCCUUAACACUGAUUACAUUGUGAUCUCGUCUUUGAUCAAGGACAGAAAGGCCGAUCUGGAGAGGGAGCAGGCAUUGAAGUUUGUGCGCGCUUUCCUGGACAUCAAAGACGGUGUUCAGGAGCUGUCAAGGGCGGUCGUCAGGACAGUUGUCUCCAUUGCAGAACACAACGAAGACAGGCUGCGGUCAAUAUGUCUGGAAACACUGGCUGAGAUCCUGGUCAGAGACCCUCAGCUGGCUCUUGCCUCCGGAGCGAUGGCUAUCCUCUGUGAUGCCCUCACAGAAGGCUCUUACAAAGCUCCAGAGAGUCUGAUUUCGGCCUUUCUAUUUCUGCUGGACUCCCCCCAACGGCGAAAGUAUCUCCGACCGGGCUAUGAUGUGGAGGUCAUUUUCAAUGUCUUCACUGAUGUUUUCAUCACCAGCGAAACCAUCUUGAAACACAAUUCCAAGGCCAUUUCUUCGGCGCUCAGGACGUGGUCAGGUCUCAUGUACUUGUCCAUGUACAAGUUCAGGGCCAUCCGAUCCCUGAUAGCAAGCUUAGUGAUACCCAACCCGCACGCCAGAGACACCGUCAUCGACCUUCUCUACUCGCUGCUGCGAAUCAAGUCGCCAGCAUGGGCAACGCCAUUUCUGGCGGGAAGGAGACUCACAACGUACGGGAGGGUCGCGGCGCUGAACACGACAGCACAGAAAGGCACACAGGCAUACAUCGAGGACGACGGAGGGGAGCAGAAUUUCGUGGAUCACUAUACAGCACUGCUCCUGGCGGCGCUGAUCCGGGCGGACCUCGUGCCGACGCUUCUGAACCUCGCCGGAGAUGCAGAGGAUGAGACCCUUAAGCGCAAGUCGACCUUGCUGUUGGGUGAGGUUCUGAGGCUUUCAAGCCGUCUGCUGCCGCCUUCAUGGAGCAGCGAGUUGCAAUUCUUGCCGGGACUGUUCUCGAACGCUGUGCGAUUCAAGGACAAGAACCACUUCGUCGCCACCAGUCUCGUCUACCAGAUCAGCAGUGUCAGCCGUACUCUCUAUCGGUCCUCUCCGUCUGUCUUCACGUCUGCCGGGCUUCCAUCACACCAGAUAUCAAAUCCGGGAUUAGAAGAAGAGCAGGCCAGAGCCGCUCCCGUCGUUAGCGUCGAUGAGGGCACGUUCCGGCAGCUUCUGGUUGACUCGUACGUUCUGAGUAGCAGCAAUUACCUCAAGUGGAACUGGGACAUUAUCCUUAAGGUCAUAGAGGGGCCUUUGACAAUUAACAAGCGCGUUGAGGAUGCUAUCAAGGCGUCGAAAUGGAUGAAGAGGUUGAUGGGUUUCUACCGGCCGUUCAAGUACCGGUUUUCGGACAUGAAGAACACACGAAACACGCAGAAGUAUGUCAGGGCGGGUUGCGCUCUGAUGCAGGCUCUGCUUCAGACACCACAAGGCCGGGCAUACCUGAUAGACAACAAGGUCCUGAGGCAGCUCGCCGAGUGUCUGGCUCAAUGUGAUCCGAAAAGCGGUUUGACCGCUCGGGUCCCGCUGUUUUCCAGAGACCGGCUCCUGGAUACGCUCAGCGGGGGAUACGUUGCUAUGCUUGGUGUUUUGACGGGGGACAUCAGAGGCCUCGAAAUGAUGAACAGGUGGCGAAUGUUCAAUAUGAUAUUCUCCAUCCUUGACGGCCAGCGACGCCCUGACCUGAUCAAGAUGAUGCUUUCACACUUUGAUUACAGCAUCCAACACCACCCUCAAGUCCUGCUCCAAAAGGCCAUGACCGGCAACACCAAAGAAAUCCGGAUGUAUGCUACAAACAUUCUCGGGAAGCAUGCCAACAACCCCAAGGUCAGCUUGACGGGCGACAUGAAGUGGGCCAUCAGGGCUCUUGUGACGCAGCUCUACGACCCUGAGGUUGAAGUCAGUGCCACCGCGAUCAAAACACUCGAGAAGGCGUGUAACGCCAAAAACUACCUGGAAAUGAUCGUUGAGUGCAAACCGGGGCUUGAUCAUCUCGGGGAGAUCGGCGCUCCCCUGCUGCUCCGAUUCCUAUCCACCUCGAUUGGCUAUCACUACUUGGACGGCCUUGACUACAUCAGCAACGAGAUGGACGACUGGUUCCUCGGGCGCAACGACACGUAUGUGAACACCGUCGAGGCCAGUCUAGCUCGUGCCUUUGGCGACGUCCAGGACGAGCCCGCGCACCGCCUGAGCUUGCUGGGUGACGACCCGGAUGCAGAAGCUGACCCGCACGUCCCACCACACUUUUACCGUGAGCUCACGCGCACCGAAGAGGGCUGUAAACUCUUGCAAGACAAGGGCCACUUCGCCGAGUUCGCAGCCACAAUCAAAGAGCACGGCCUGGAAGCCGAGGACCCUGAAAUCAUGACCAAGGUCAAGGGAUGCCUGUGGGCUGUUGGCAAUGUGGGUUCGAUGGAGCGUGGGGCCCCGUUUCUUGAAAGCUGUGAUGUGGUCCAGGAUAUCGUGCGCAUUGCCGAGUGGCACGAGGUCAUGAGCAUGCGAGGGACCGCGUUCUUCGUCAUCGGCCUGAUCUCGCGGUCUGUCCACGGGCUCGAGAUGCUGUCGGAGCUCGGGUGGGACGCAAACACGAACUCGCUAGGGAACUCGACCGGAUUCUGCGUGCCCAGCGACCUGUCCAAGUUCUUCUCCCUGCAGCCGUGGAAGCAUGUGACGGCCGGCGCCAUGGUGCUGCCAGACACGCAGAGGACGGAAAAGAGCGCGAAGGCGCCAGUCAUGCCGUCUCGGCCACGAUCGGACUCGCUGAUGGAGGCCAUGGGGCCCCCGACAGGCGAGUACGACUACGUGAACACGGGCGCCUUCGACCACGACGAGCCUGUGGAGCUAGACCCAGACCCGCUCAACCACAAGAUCCUCGAGCUCUUCAUUGACCUCAGCAACACGGUCCGCUUCCCGAAGGCCCGGGCCGAACUGAUACAGCUCAAAGAACAGAAGAAGCCGGCGGGGUUCUCCAACCCGCGGUUGUUCCGGCGGGUGGUGGCGCUCAUGGAGACGCAUCACUACAGGCUGGGUGCGCGGCGGAUGCUUGAAUUGUUCGAGCGCAGUGUGCUUCGAGACGUCGUCUUUGAGGACGAUGGGGAGGGCGAGGAAGCUGAGGACCGCACCGAGAUGCCACAGGAGGCGUCGGGUGCCGCCACGCCGGCUGAUGAAAAGGAUCAGGAGAGUGAGGCUGACGACCUGCAGUCUAGCGCUGGGUAG